ACUAGCGCACAUUAAAUACAAAAGUUAUCGCGUGUUACAGCACUGCUCGAGUCACAGUGUGUGUGCGCGUGCGCGCGUGUGCGCGUUCACCAUGCAGAAACAGAGUAGUGAGUGUGUGUUGCAGUGUGUGUCUGUGGAGUCUCCUGUGGGAGAGCUGCUGCUGAGUGGAUGUGAGAAAGGACUACACACCAUCACUAUAGAACCUGAGCACAGGUCUGUCCUCAUCUCAGACCAGGCAGAGCUGAACUCUGAGCUCCAGCGGUGUGUAACAUGGCUCCAGAGUUACUUUCGUUCUGCACAGUCAGUCAGCUCUCUUCCUUUUCCCGCCUUACACCACCCACUGCUGCGGGGAGACUCCUUCUCUGCCCACGUGUUGAGGACGUUACAGUCGAGGGUACACGUUGGAAAAACCGUCUCCUACAAGGAGCUCGGCGAGAUGGCGGGAAACCCCAAGGCAGCUCGAGCAGUGGGCGGGGCUAUGAGGAGAAAUCCGGUUCCUCUGAUCGUGCCGUGUCACCGCGUCCUGUGCAGCUCAGGGGAAAGCGGCAAAUAUAUGGGAGGCAAUGGAGAUAAAAUUAAGGUGUGGCUGCUCUCUCAUGAAAGGAAGAUGGGUUAGACCAAACUGCUUGAGUACAGUUUACACGUUUCUCUAUUCUCUGUUUGAUGAGACACCUUGUUCCCGGUUCUGCUUCAGGAAUCAAAACUACAGCAAGUGCUUAUUCACUUUAGAACCACAAGCAUGUGUGUUAUUGUUAUAAUUCACUUUACUGUUACUGCCUUACUUUAGUAACCAAAAAAGAUGCUUGUAAAAAUCUGUUCCUUCCUUUUUUUUAGUCACAGACUUAUAAAUGGAAAUAGAAAGAUAUUUUAAAGAUGUUAUGUUAAGAUGGAAGAUCUCGCUAGUCUGAAAAUAACUGCUUAGUAAAUGUUAAAUACAACUGUUUGCUACUCAAAGUAAUACUGAAACCACUUACCAAUAAAGAAGCAUUACUAUCACUUCAUGACAAUUAGA